AUGGCUCCCUCACCGGAUCAGCAUGGAAGCACUGUAUUAAGUGACACGAGUCAGGACGCAGAAUAUGAUGUCACCUUCAAGGAUACGGAAAAGCAGCAAGAGGAGAAAGCUCGUCCGGAAUAUCAGGACACCUUUGGUGAUGAAGAAUACGCCGAGGUGAAGUACAAGGUGUUGAGCUGGUGCUUACUGACGGGUUUUAUACAGGCAAUGUGGUUUUCUGAUGGUCGCGGAAACGGUCUCGCUGGGGAUUCUCUCGUUACCCGCCGUGGUUGCUGCCUUAGGCCUUGUCCCUUCAGAUGGCGCUAUCCUCACAUUCAAAGCAUGGCCGAUGCCGGCGAGGUCCUGCUCGGCAAAUUCGGCCGCGAGUUCUUGGGGACUGGUCAACUUCUGCUUAUCAUUUUCAUCAUGGCUAGUCACAUCCUUACCUUUACGGUGGCCAUGAAUUCCAUCACCGACCAUGGAACCUGCUCCAUUGUCUUUGGUGUUGUGGGACUAGUCAUCUCAUAUGUCUUAUGUUUACCGCGCACAUCGGCCAAGGUGUCGUACCUCUCUAUUGCUUCAUUCAUAAGUGUCUUUAGCGCCGUAAUGAUUGUCAUGAUUGCGCUUGGCAUCCAACGCCCGUGGCACGGUGGGGUCCAGGCGACGGUCGACACCAGCCUGUACAAGGCAUUCCUUGCUGUGUGCAACAUUGUAUUUUCUUUCUCGGGUCAUGUUGCCUUUUUUGGAUUUAUGUCCGAACUCAAGGAUCCGAAAGACUACCCCAAGUCUCUGUUUCUUCUUCAGGGCAUUGAUGUCAUUCUCUACAUUGUCACCGCUGUCGUGAUUUACUACUACGCUGGCCAGGACGUCACUUCCCCGGCGUUAGGGUCUGCUAGUCCUGUGGUGCGCAAGGUGGCUUACGGCAUUGCGCUUCCUACCAUUAUCAUUGGUGGCGUAGUCAACGGCCACGUCGCGUGCAAGUACGUCUACGUCCGUCUGUUCCGUGGAAGCGACCGUAUGCACAAGAAGGAUCUAGUAGCCACUGGCUCUUGGAUAAUCCUCAUGUUGCUUCUGUGGGUCGUGGCCUGGGUCAUUGCGGAGGCGAUUCCGGUCUUCAACAACCUUCUGAGUUUAGUUGUACGUCCCUUCGGUUACUCUGCAUUUCUGCAAUACGGCCUCAGCGCCACGUUCUGGCUCUACCUCAAUAAGGACCGACUCUUCGCGACGCCCAUGAAAAUCUUCCUCACCAUCCUCAAUGUCCUUAUAUUCGCAAUUGCAGGAUGCAUCUGUGGUCUCGGCCUGUACGUGUCAGGCAAAGCAUUGCAUGAUGACCCCAGUAGCGCUAGUUUCUCGUGUGCAAAUAACGCUUGA